AAUCGUCCCUGUGCAGUCAGCCUGCUAGUUCUGCUGGCCAGAGAUUGCUCAUCUUACUUUCUCUUUUUGUUCACGUCUUUUGAUAUACAUGUAACAGCUUCCAUUUGCUGAGCGGAACCAUGUUCGGGAACAUCCGGGAAAGACUUCACAUGGUCCAGCAGGAUUUAACUACAGGAUUCAAGACUCUUGGGGACAAAUCCAAAGAAGGCAAAGUGAAGCGAAAGUCUCGGUUGGAGGAGAGUUUCCCUCAUUUUAGUGCCGGCCUGGAGAUCCUAAGCAGGUACGAGGAGAGCUGGUUUUUGCUCCACAAGAGAACGACAGAUGCUGCCCAUUCCGCUGAGCAGGCAGUAGAUGGGGACGUGGUGAUGCUCUCAGCUCACUGGGAGAGGCGACGAUCGGCACUCACACAGCUGCAGGAGCAACUGCAAACUUUACCAACCUUUAUCAGUGAACUGGAUGCCGUCACGGCAGCCAUCGCUCAUCUAGAAGGAGACUUCGAGGAGAUGGAGAGCAGACUGGUGUACCUGGAGACACUGUGUUGUCAGUGCGAACAACAGAAUGCCAAACAGCAACAUGUCAACCAACUUGAAGUUUACAAGAAAAAGAAAAGGAAAGAAAUGGAGGCUCUGGAGGUGGAGCUGAACAUGGAGCAUGCCCAGAAGGUGGCGCAGCUGGAGCUGGCCAGGCAGCAGAAACUCAAGGAACGACAGAAAGUCUACGAGGAAGCGUUCAACCAGGACAUUAAACAAUAUCUCUCAACUGGACACUUGCAGCACAGAGAGCUGACGUCUGAGGCUGAUGUGUUGGCUUUGGAUCAGGUGACAGUCACAAAUCUGUCAGACCAGGAAGCCCUGGAUGACUUCCUAAAUUCCACGGCGGACGACGUUAGCACCGGUUCAUCGCUCACCUCAGGUCCAGACCUUGAGUCAAAUUCGUCUGACUCUAUGAGAAGCCCCAUGAUCCUUGCCCCGCCCACAAACGACCAACUAUCCAAUCAGGAUGCAGAAUGGAUGCCUGAAGACGAAGCAACUGGUGAGGAGUGCAAAGAUUUCCUGGUCCAGUCGGACGAGGAAGAGGUUCAACCAGACCUGUCCCUGGUGAGCCUGCAAGAGCCUGCCCCACUGAGGGCUUCUGACAGUGACUCCACUUAGCACCAGGAGGUAUUAACCCCACCUCCUGCCUGCAAGUGAUUCUCUUGAUGUAAAUAUGUAUUUAAAGUUUCCAGAAAUCUGACAUUUUGGUAAGCAGAGUGAGGCUUUGAUAUAUUAUGAAAAGACAAAUCAGGAUGUGUUUUGAGUAGUGCAACGCCUCCCAGCUCAACUCUUCUUGAGCCACAUUGAAAUAAAUUCUGAAAGAGCCAUUGCUUGUAGUUGGAUGCUCACUGUCAAGUCUGGUGACAUGGUGGAGGGAAUGUCCCAUAUGCUUUAGAAUCAGAAUCAGAAAUGCCGUGGUCAGUGGGGAUCCCACCAACUAGGAAUGUGCUUUGGUUUAAAGUGCUAUCAUGAAUAAAAUAAAAGAAAUAACCCACAAAUAACAAAGGCUGAUCACAAAACGCACGAUAAUUCCAGGCCAGCCUUCGUUGGUGCCAUAUUGGAUCAAGCAAGUGAAAAUAUGUCGGACUUCACAUCAGUGACUUUUUCCUCAAGUGUUUGUUCAGUGAGUGACUUCUGCAUGUGUUUGGUGGUGACUUGGGAACAGUACACAAUAUAAAAUGUAGUGGAUGAUGAUAUCAGUGUUCGGUCCUCCAGUCCCCCUCAAGCUGUUUUAUCCCCUGCAUCCAUUAUCACUCCGCCAAUUCAUAUGUCAUGACAGGAUCCAGAGCAGAAUGAAGAACAGAUUUCCUUAUUUUUACCACACUUUGUACUCGGUGGUGAGCACCACUGGUUCAUGUUAGUUACAUUUGAAGACAGUGGUGAAAAGGCAUCAUGGGUAUGGAAUGGCAGCGGUUGCGUGCUUGGACUCUGUUCAUUGGUUAAUGAAAUUUUUCCACAACAGACAAGGUUUCAAGGUUUAGCUGGGAGCCGUAUAAUGUAUUUAUUUUUUCUGGUCGCUCUAUAGUUUCCCCAUAAAAACAGCUGAAAACAUUUUGAAUUUCUACAACACAACAUGCGGUUGAAUCACUGUGAUGUGGAUUUAUGUUUGAAGGUUUUAUCAUUCCUUCUGCGUGUCUUGUUUGUCUCAUCUGAAGUGUGUAGUGCUACUGCCAGCUGUCCGUUUGGACUCAUUACAUUCAGAAUACUUAACAUUAGAUGGAUAGCCUUUAAUCAUCCCACAAUGGGAAUUUUUGCUUGUCGGCAGCAUGACAACACUAAAGACUAAUGUUGAAUCAAUUACGCGAAAGACAAUAUUAAUAUAUGGGUAAAUAUCAGUUUCUUCAUGAAGCUGCUGCAUAGUUAGUGUAUGAGCCGGUUACUUUGGCGAUUUCUUUUAGUAUGCCACCUUCUCUAUUGUUACCUUUUCAAUAAAAAAAGCCUGAUGUCCUCAGCAUACACUCAUCUUCUUCUCACUUGCACCUGCCUCAAACUUCCGACUGCUGACAUUUUCCGUUGUUCUUACUUCACUCAUCAUCGAGCUGGUUUUUGAAUGUCCAGUGUCAGUUUCCACCAGACAGAGGGAGGAAGUCCCACUCACCAGAAAGAUGAAAGAUAAAAAAAGAUGAAGAUAAAGAACAAAACCUUGUUAACUCAACAACCUCAGCCAACAGUUAAGCCAUUUUAGUUCCCAAGUCUGCUGCUAGUCCUUUUCAAAAUCUUUGGUUCUACAGGCAUUAAAGUUUAUCAAUCUAUAGUUUUCUCGUCUAGUUUAUUUGCUCCCCGUGGUGACUGUUCUCUGUGUAUUUCCUCUCAUGCGUCACUCAUUUCUGGCUUCGUAUUGAACCGUGAAUUUGGUUUAGACUUUCUUGUCACUAACUACCACCUGCAUUUUUCUGAUGAUAUCCUCCCACAUCCCUGCCUCAUCCUUGUCAACAAUCAAAUUGAAAGGGUAGAUAAGUUUCUUAGAUUUUCAGAGCACCACAACACUGUGAAUGGAACAACUGGCUUCUGGUUAAAUACAAGUUAAAUGAAAUGUCUUAAACAAAAAUGGUCCAGGUAACAUUUUAAGGCCAUCAGCACCUCGCUUCUCCAAACCUAUCAGAUCUUCUCUCUCAGAUCCUCCAUUCAUCUCACGAUCUCACCAUAGUGCUGUUGCUGCACUGGUACAUUGGUUUCAUUCAAAAAUCGAAAUGAGACCGCAGUUGGCUUUUUGAAGCUGAAAACAGCUUGUUGAUAUUUUCUACACUGGCAUUGAAUGCAAUGACAAUGCAAUGUCAAUGGAGAAUCUCUGUGGGUGCUUGAGUCCCGGAACACCCACCAUGAUUGUGACUACUAGUCACUCUUAUCCUUAUUCUUAUUCUUAUUCUUAUUAAUCCCCAACGAGGUCAGAAAAAUGACUAACAAUCUUUUCUCUUCAGUCUUUUCUCCCCUUUAUCCAUCUUGGAUAAAGCACCAGCCAAAUGGAACAUGCUCAAGAACACUGACAAAUAUUCUUAAGUUUGCUCAAAGAUAUUUAUUUAAUAUUGUUUUUUGUAUUUUUAAAUGCCCCAAAGGAAAAAAGAAGCUUUACAUUGAUAACAGUUUGCAGUUGCAGGCCCCGAUUCCUUGUAAAUACACCAGCAGAGAGAAGCGCCAGUCACUUCUAUUCAGGGAUUUGUUGCACUGCAAAAACAAAGUACAUCAGUUACAACACUUCCAGUGGAUUUUUCCAACCAGCUCAAUGUCAUAUAUGUUUUAGGUCGUACUAUGACACAAUGCUGUGAACUGACAAGCUAAGGUUUCUGGUGCAAUAUAGUGGAACUCAAAAGAACUCUGUUCUAUUAUUCCUGCUGUCCUUUUAUUUAACAAGUUUCACUUGUGUCAUUCAUCAAAAAAUGGUGUAACAUGAUCAUUCUGUGCUGACCUGUGGCAUAACAGCCGAAAACUCCAUUCUUGCUGGAGCAUUCCUCCCCCUCCUUGCAGCUGGCUGGUGAGCAUUUGAACUGUCCAGACUGGCAGGUGCAGCUCUCGGAGCAGUCAUUGAGGAGCAUCGUCCGUCCUGACUGAGAGGACACACUUCGUAUUGAUAAGGCGUCAUGGAUUUCACUACAGUAGAUGGCACAGUGGGAAAAUACAACACGCACACAGCUCAAGGAUCAAGUCUUGACCAACAGUCUAAUGGCCCUUUGCAACUGUCAUGGUUCCCUGUGAUUCAGCGCUACACAUGUGCUGUUGUACUAGGAUUGUCUGUGGCCGAGACACAGGUCGUGGUGCCAGUUUUAACCCCUACUCCUUACAGGGUUUGGAUGUUCCUUGAUGUCACUACCCACUGACUGGCCAGUGAGAGGUACAAAUAGUACUGAGGUAGAAGUACAGUACAAGCCAAAACUUUGGACACGCCUCUCAUUCGAUGUGUUUUCAUUGUAGAUUCUCACUGAAGCCAUCAAAACUAUGAAUGAGCACAUAUGGAAUUAUGUAGUAAACAAAGACGUGUGUAAAUACUCAAAACAUGUUUGAUAUUUUAGAUUCUUCAAAACAGCCACCCUUUGCUUGGAUGACGACUUUCCUCACUCUUGCCAUUCUGCCAGGAGCUUCAUGAUGUAGUCAGCUGAUCAGGUUUUCCAACAGGUGACUACGUCAUGAGGCUUAUGAAGAAGGCCAAGGGUUUGCAGCGCUGCCAGCAAAGCAAAAGGUGGCUACUGUGAGUCAUCUAAAAUAUGAAACAUAGUUAUCCAACAUUUUUCUUCUGUGCUACAUGAUUCCAUAUAUCCUGCUUCAUAUAUUUCAUGUCUUCAGUAUGUAUAUACAAUGUAGAAAGUAGUAAAAAAAAAAAAAAAAAAACACUGAAUCAGAAGGCGUGUCCAAACUUUUGGCCUGUAGUGUAUGAGGCCACAGUUUGACCCAAACGCGACAUGAGCGAACCAAAGGGUUCAUGAUUGAGCUGUAGAAAAGCCAAUAUUUUGGUGGCUACAAUACGAUCUUUUCUUAGGACCCUUUUAACCUUUAGCUAAAGUGUCCGAAUGAAGUCAUGUUUGAAUCUGAAUGCUAUAGAUAUAAGCACAUUCAUCUGCCCAAACAGUAUCCGGAGGUGCUUGCUGAAAAACAGGUAUUUAACAGUCCGCACUCAGGUAGCACAGACACCUGAUUAAGCAAUCAAUUCCUAAAAGUGAUAAACCAUUUUAGACGGUGAGUCAUGUUUUUGGCCUUCUUUUUUGCUGCAAACCUCCCCUUUAGAAGUGAGCUGUUCAUCUAAGCCGUGCACCAGAAUACUAGGCGACAAAGACAGUUCAAUACCUUGUAGUACCGUCCAUCCAACACACAGCCGCAUUUGUCAACAGACACACAUUGGUUUCCAUCCCACAUCAGGCCAUUGUCAGCCUGGCAACCUUCCUGGCACACUGGGCAGGAGUCUGCUUUCUCCAAGGAAAAGCAGGUGGAGGAGCAAGAAGAGGAGCACAGUUUGUAGCUACUCCCGGGUGGACAUGUCACAGCUGUAUGGGAAAAAAAAGGUUGAGAAGAAUCAACAAAAAGAUGUGUUCAAAUUUAGGGAAAAUGUCAACAAACUGACGGUGCAAUACACUCUCACGAGAUGUCACAUAUAGCAGCAACUCCUUCCAUGCGGAGGGGGGACAUUUUACACUGCUGAAACGCAGAAGGUCAGCAGUGAAGCCUCCCAUAAUGUUGGGGACAGUGGCUCUGACACACAGUAGAUCAUUGAUGAAGAUGCCAUGGCUUUAAGUGAGAGUGACUCGGAGGGCAAGAUCAUGCAAUCCAGUAUAUCAGAGGGACAGCUCAUGAAGUAAGGUUUGGAGAAGAGUUUAGGAAGCCCAGUCUCAGAUGGUUCUACUGUAACAUGUGGAGAGGAGAGACAGGGAUGGAGAUACCAGGCAAAAGAGGGAGAGAAAGACAACAACUGAGGUCCAUGGAUGUGGUAAAGAAGCUCAUGAAGAAGGAUGUUUCAGAGCUUGCACUGCCUCCCUCUCUCUGUUGAGUGAUAAAUCGCUCAAAAAAUCCAAAUGGAACCCUAAAAUUAAGUCACCUGUCUCUUGUCCCAUUAUCCACAUUUCCUGAACAUGUUACAAAUAUCUGGACUCAAACUUACGGCAGAAGUCUUUCGUCCUCCAUUCAUUUAUCUGUAUUCCAGCACGUUGGCAAGCAGUGACAUAGUGCUGGAUGUGGCGACACAGAGUGUCAGCCCCUCCUCCAUCCAUGGACAGUUCCCUGGAAAUCAUAGCACUUUUCAGUAGUCAUUCUUGUGUGUGCAUCCUUCCUUCACACAUGCUCUCACCUGACACAGGCGUCAAAGGCAGUGGAAGCUGAAACCGUGGAGUGGCACCGAGCAAACGGACCAGACCAAGCUCGGAUGAUGUCACACUUACUUUCAGCUUCUGGGAUUUUCUUUCUGUCUGGUUUGGGACAGGAUGUUGUGCCACAGCCCACUUCACAGGGAGUGGUUUCAUUGACUAGGAACUUGGCCGGGUCUUCAGUUUCAUCACAAAUAUCUGCGUUGUAAUUGCCGCACAGACCAGAGGGGGAGCCAGCGUAUGUGGAUGGAAUCUGUAAGAGGAUGCUGGCGACGGUGUCGUAUGACAAACUCAGACCGAAGUCUGUCUCAGUGAUGAUGUUGAUACCAUUUUGAUGGACUCUGAUCCGUCCAUCAGACAGAUAUACAGGUAGAUAGGUUCUGUCAUCAUCAACCUGAGACACAAACAUCACAGCUCAUGUGGCCUAUUCUGAUUUGUCGGCCAGGCGUGUAAAAUGGUGUACCUUAAUCUCCCCAAUAACACCAGUCUCCAUUGUAAUUCCGAUGUCAUAAACCUCCAGCUCCACGUUCCGAGUGACUCUCCCAUCCUUCCCAGACUGCUGAAGCACUGACACUGAGAACGCAGGCCUCCCCUCCGCCUCCAUUUCCACCUCUGACAGGUGGAACCAACAGUCGCCCCACAGAGGAUACACCUGUAAGAUCAACAUUCAAGAUCUUAGUCAAAAUCAUUGAGACAUUACUAAAAAAACAUUUAAAGAUAAACUGUUAAAUGUCUAAACAACACAAAUUCUCCCAUACCUUCCCAUCAAAGGACUGAAUUGUUUGCAUUCCAAAGACAGAACAGGAUCCUAAACCUGAGUAAACGCAUGAUGCCUGGCCGCUGUUCACCUCGCACUUCUCAUUUUCAGGGCAAAUGUAGGCUUUGUCACACUCUAUUGCCCCGUUGUCUGAACACUCACAUCGGGUGUCACAUGACUCUAAAGGAAAGAAGGCCUGAAAAAGGCAGAACAUUGGAAUCAAGACACUCAAGAUGAGGCUCAAUAGUUGCCAUGGAAACAGUUGAACUAGUACCUGCCCAAUCUGAUAAUACUGUCCAUCAUAUUGACAGCCACAUUCUGCUAUAGGAACACACUUGUCAUUGCUCAGCAGAAAUCCAUCAUCACACACACAGGCUUCAACACAGCGGGCACUUUCAUCACAGUCCUCUGGGACAGUGAGACUGGAGCAGGUCGGCUGGCAGAUGGAGGGACAGAGCUCAUAGUGGCUGUUAGCGCCACAGGAGGAAGCUGUUGAGACAAAAAGCCUGGUGAUGACCCAAGUUUCCCCUACUUGAGCAAGAUGGGCUACAAUUCAAGCAAAGGAUGAAUAUUUUUUGGCUGAAUCAUGAAGCAAAAUUAGACACUGUCUUACGACAAAAGUCGUCCGUCCUCCAAGGCUUCAAUCUUGCUCCCACUUCCUGACAAGCGUUGCUGAAUGUUGAAAGGAUGAUGCACAGAGCGGAGACGUGACCUUCGUACAUACACAGGUCAAAGACACAGUCCUCCAUGUAGUCUUCAUGCUUCACUUUACUCUGGCAGUCUCUGGAGGGAGAAAACAAAGGUUUCUGACCCAUUGCAGCCAUUAAAACAAAUAAAUAGAUGAGAACUAAGAAACUAGAGAAGUGCUUUGUCAUACCCAAAUGGUCCUGACUUGUCUGCUAUGAUGCCACAGUAGCGCCGUUGUCGGUAAUGAUUGAGCUCUCCCGGAGUGCAGUGAGGACAACUAUCACCAGCGCAUUUGCUGGUGCAGCCAGGCUCUCCUCCAACCUAUUCAAAUCCAUCACAUUUCAUGAGCAAAAUACAGACAUACCUGGUCACCGUUUUUUAUUGUCUCCCCAAAAUGAAUUGAUAAGAAUUUCAGAAUUUGGUCCGCCUCACACUUGUCGUACUCACGGACCUUUGUUGCAUUAUUACUCUAUAAAAGAAGAAGUCCUCACAACUAACUGGCUGGAGUGAUGAGGUACAAGUUACAGUAGAUGUGAGGUCAAUAUAGUAUCAAAACAGUUUUUGAGACGCAGAAAAAACUAUAGACGGACAGUGUGGAAUGUGUGAAUAAGUGUGAGUGUAAAAGAGUUGCAUUGCAUGACACUCAUUUAAUAGAGCAGAGUUGUUCACCAACCUUCCAGCUGUCUCCAAAAACAUUGUCAUUUGCUGCCAGCUGACCGUCAGGUUUUAUCAAGUCAUCAUUAGGUUUGCCGUUGUUAUUCCCACACAGCCCUGCAAAAGAUAUUUUACUCUGUUUUCAAAUCCACCUUCAUGCUGGAAAUCUAUCUAUCUAUCUAUCUAUCUAUCUAUCUAUCUAUCUAUCUAUCUAUCUAUCUAUCUAUCUAUCUAUCUGUCUAUCUAUCUAUCUAUCUAUCUAUCUAUCUAUCUAUCUAUCUAUCUAUCUAUCUAUCUAUCGUGAAACAUCUGUGAAAUGUACAAUGAGAUGAGAUGUUGUAUACACAACAUGUAAUGUAUCAGAAACAAUACAAUAAAAUGCAAAUAAUAAGUCAUGAAGAUGUUGCAUGUGACUGGGAUCUACUAGAGGAGAUUGAAAUAAACAU